AAAAACAGUGAAAGCUGUCCUCCAUGGCGGGAAGCCAUGGCUUCAGCUCGAGCACCAAGCUCUUCUAAAGGAAGCCAUGAUCAAAGCUCCAUCGUUUAGAGUUCUCCAAUGGCCUCGCCUUCUAUCAAUGGCCGCUCAUCUCUCAUCGGAGAUGGGCGUACAUGCUCUCAAUCCCACAAAAUUCGACUCUUUUUUCUAUGCCCGAGCCUUUCAAUCCUGCAUUGCUGAAUCUAAUCCGUUGGCCGGAGGAUCAUUCCAUUGCCGAGUUCUCAAGUCUGGCAUUCAUUUGGAUUUGUUUUGCAAGAACAUUCUUAUGAAUAUGUAUGUUAAAAUUGGUCAUCUUGGUGAUGGCCAUAAGCUAUUUGAUGAAAUGCGUGAGAGAAACAUGGUUUCUUUUGUCACCUUAAUUCAAGGCUAUAUGCAGAGUGGUGAGUUUGGCAUGGCGGUUCAUCUCUUUCUCCGAAUGCAUCGUGAAAGCCACGAGCUUAACCAGUUUGUGUUCACUACUGUCCUCAAGUUGUUGGUUUCCAUGGAGUUGCCAGAGCUUUGUAAAUCCGUGCAUGCUUGUGUUUGCAAGCUUGGCCAUAGUUCUAAUGUGUUUGUUGGUGCUUCCAUGGUUGAGGCGUAUUCACUUUGUGGAAUGGUAGAUGAAGCAAAGAUGGUGUUUGAUGGAAUUGUAGGGAAGGAUAUUGUUGCUUGGACUGGAAUGAUGGCUUGCUAUGCUGAUAAUGACUGCGGCGAGGACUCCGUUGAAGUGUUUUCAAAAAUGAUGAAUGAAGGGUUUAGGCCAAAUAACUUUACACUUACUUGUUUGCUCAAAGCAUGUGUUUUGCUUUCAUCACUAGAGCUAGGCAAGUGCGUUCAUGGUUGUGCAAUUAAGACACAAUAUGAGUCUGAUCCUUAUGUUGCUGGUGCGCUUCUUGAUAUGUAUGCAAAAUGUGGGGAUGUUGCAGAUGCUCGUGCAAUUUUUGAGAUGGUUCCUCACCAUGAUGUGAUCUUUUGGAGUUUUAUGAUUGCCCGGUAUGCGCAGAGCAAUGAGAGUGAGGAGGCACUAAAGCUUUUCCAGCGAAUGCUUCGAGCAUCAGUUGUUCCCAAUGAGUUCAGCUAUUCAAGUGUUCUUCAAGCUUGUGCUGAUUUAGGCGGGUUGAAACUGGGAGAGCAAGUUCAUGGUCACAUUGUGAAGGUUGGCAUUGAGCAGGACAUUUUUGUUUCAAAUGCACUUAUUGAUGUCUAUGCUAAGUGCGGAAGCAUGGAUACAGGAUUGGAGAUUUUCGGCGAAUUGAAUGAUAAGAAUGAUGUCAGUUGGAAUACAGUGAUUGUUGGUUAUGUACAGUUGGGUUAUGGAGAGGAUGCUCUGGGACUCUUCCUGGACAUGCAUGCCACUCAAGUCCCAGGAACUCAAGUGACUUACUCUAGUGCCCUUCGGGCCUGUGCAAGUAUAACGGCUAUUGACCUGGCCAGUCAGAUCCAUGCUUUGGUUUCUAAGACCUCAUUAAGUGAUGAUUUUGUUGUUGGGAAUUCAUUAAUUGAUACUUAUGCUAAGUGCGGCAGCAUUAAAGAUGCUCGCAAGGUCUUUGAUUUGAUGAAUGAGCAUGAUGUGAUAUCUUUUAAUGCUAUGAUCUCAGGAUACGCUAUACAUGGUUUGGCAGAAGAUGCAUUAAGUAUUUUCAGUAAAAUGAACCAAAUGAAUGUUAGAGCUAAUGCUGUGACUUUUGUUGGUGUUUUAUCAGCAUGCAGUAAUAUAGGUCUGGUGAAAGAAGGUCUAUCUUACUUUAAUUCUAUGACUCCGGAGUAUGGCAUUGAACCGAGCAUUGAGCAUUAUACUUGCAUGGUGAGGCUUUUAGGUCAUUCUGGUCGCCUUGAUGAAGCUGUUAAAUUUAUAGAAAAAAUUCCAGCAGAACCUAGUCUGAUGGUCUGGCGUGCACUUCUUGGUUCUUGUUUGGUCCACAAAAAUGCUGAGCUAGGACAGAUGUGUGCAGAAAGAGUACUUGAGAUAGAACCUCAGGAUGAGUCUACAUACAUAUUGUUGUCAAAUUUAUAUGCUAAAACUGGGCGUUGGGACAGUGUAGCUCUCACCAGGAAAUCCAUGAGAAGCAGGGGAGUAAAGAAAGAAGCAGGUCUUAGUUGGAUUGAGAUUCAAGGUGAAGUUCACUCUUUUUCAGUGGGAGAUAAAUCACACCCUGACUUGAGGCUGAUCAAUGCAAUGCUGGAAUGGUUACACAUUAGGAUCAAGAAAAUGGGGUAUGUCCCAGAGAGUGAUGUAGUAUUGCAUGACAUUGUUGAGGAACAAAAGGAACAAUUACUAUGGGUACAUAGUGAGAGGCUGGCAUUAGCAUUGGGACUUCUUAACGUUCCACCUCGUUGCCCUAUCCGGAUCAUCAAGAAUCUCCGCUUUUGCUCUGAUUGUCAUACCGCAUUUAAGUUAAUAUCUAAAGUUGUUCAGAGAGAAAUAAUUGCAAGAGAUGUGAAUCGUUUUCAUCAUUUUCACAGAGGGGUAUGCACAUGUGGUGAUUAUUGGUGAUGGUUUACAAUCUUCAAGGAACCCAAAUUAAUUCUAUUAAACCAGAAAAACCUCAGUGAGAGCAUAUACAUUGUUGACCACAUUUGCUAGAAAGGCCUCAGCAAGUACACGGUUUUUGGUGAAACACAUUUGUUAGAAAGCACUCAACAAGUACAGGUUUUUUGGUGAAAACAUUUGUUAGCAAGCCCUCAACAAGUACACAUUUGCUAGAAAGGUCCCUUCUUGGAAGUGCUACCAGAAGCAUCUUAUUGGUAUUAGAUGAACUGCAGCUCUUUUGUGGCAACAUCAUCAAGUCUGCUUCAGAGAUUAAUUAAUCUGUCUUUCAUCCACAUCUCAUUGUCAGUUGAAUGAUGCCGAAUAUGCCAUAGAUAUGUUCUCAAAGUCUGUCCGACAAGAAUUACCGCUAUCACUCAAAAGAUUAUGACCCCGAAUACAAAGAUCAUGACAGCAUUUGAGUUGAAUCUGUUGUUUUCAAAAGCAUUCUUUUGUUUAAAGGCAUCCAGCAAACCAUAUCAAAAGCCAAGACGUUCUUUGGAUUUAGCUUUUUAGGGAAUGUAAGGUCAUUCAAAGUAUAAUGCAAUGGGAAGUGCAUGAUGGUGAGAUAGCUUUUGCAGCAGUUGUGCAGUUUUGGCAACAAGAACACUUUGAUCAUCCCAAACUCCUCCCUUCCAAAAAGGAAAAGGUGAAUGAUGUGAGGAUGACGUGUAACAAUGAAAGUUAGGGAUGUGGGCUCAAAAACCUCAAAUAUUAAGUCAUUCAAAUGGUAUUGCUUUGUAUGGUGGCGAAGGGACUCCACUAACCACUACCACUUUGAGAAGGACAUGGCUCACACUCUCUCUUCAGUCUUCACCAUGAUGAGCCCAUGUAUAUAUAGCAUCCUAUAUAUAUAUAUAUAUAUAUAUACACUUUUCCUUACAAAGAGAUUUGUAUAUACAUAUAUAUAUAUAUAAUUUGUGCUUUUGAUUUGUAUAUAUGUAUCUAUAUAUAAGGUCUAGGCGGUUAA